CCCCGGCAUGGACAGCGACGCGAUGCAGGGCGGGCUGCGGCGCAACGAGGCCCGCUUCAUGGCUACCAUGAGCCGCAUCCUGGAGGAGUACAAUCAUCCUUUUGAAGAUGACAUACUUGUUUCCAUGGACACUCUCACUUACGAUACACCUGACGGACCUAAACAAUGGGAGAAAGUGUCACGGAAGGAUGCUAGAAAAUGGAAAAAGAAAAUAUUUAAGCAUAAUAGUCAAAGACCAAGGAUCACAGAUGAAGAAAGUGAUGACGUAGUCUCAGUAGGAAGAAAAUUUGAAGGCAUUCACCUGCAGAAUCUGAUUGCAGAUGAUGGGCAAAUCUUUAAGAAAGAAAUCGUUCCAGUGGAUGUGAUAGUACAAGGUGAUGGGAGAAAUAUUCCCAAAUGGAUAACGGUAACAACUCCAAUUUCAUCUAAAAGUCAUCAAUCAACUUCGCCCGGGCAAAAACUGCUUGGCUGUCAAGCUCCUGUUUGCAGAAAGAAGCUAGAGCUGUCAAAUGAGUGUUCUUCAUCCAAAUAUCCACAGUUACAGCAUUCUGUUGUUCCCAUUUCAUCAAAUACAAUAGCCUCACCCUGGCAUCAACCUUGUCCAGAACUGAGAACAACUUCAUAUGACAGUAUCCUUGGAGAAUACCAGUCUGCAGAUGGGGAAUGCUCCUUGAGCAAUACAACUCUUGCAGACUUGUAUCCAGCAAUGGUAGAGAUGUUUACAAAGCUCAUGAAGAAGCAUUCUCAGAGGAUAGUGUUCAAGUACAUGUUUGGACACCUACGGCUCAAAAAGAGGUAUUCUAGAAGACCAAAGCUCAAUGUCACUGUAGACAAAAUUAGAGGGUUUGAGCCCUGUAAACUAAAGGAAGCAUUUCACAGCACGUGUAGCUAUGGAAUUGAAGACAACCAAAAUCCAACUUCUGGAAAGAAGAGCAGAGAAUUCUGCUGUGACAGUUAUCCCAUUAGUAAUUCAUCUGGGCUGGUGCCUUAUGGUUAUACUGAUACAAAUGAAAUCAAAAUGCCCUACUCUGACUCAAGUUUAGAACAACAUUUGGCAUCUGGAAAAAGCCUAGAAAACUGCAAACACACUACUUUUCCUGAUGUUAUGGAUAGAUUAGGAGAGACAUUUCUAGUUGAAGAUAAAUUACAGACUACUGCCACACCAAAGAGUUCAGAAUACAGAGAAAUUGAAAAACAUACUUACAAACAAUUAUCAGAACCUAGUUUUAUAACAUCUACUGCCAGUUCAGAUUCAAGAGCAUUUCAUCUUGUAAAAGAGAGUAAGACUCAGAAAACUGACUCUUAUGUUGGUACCUCAGAAUUGUGUUCAUCUGCUUGUAGUUCCCCUGGUAUUAGAAACAAUUCUAUCCCUAUGACAAAUUGUUCUCCUGCGAGAUCAUCAUUAAAUACUGUGUUUGUAUAUCCUCAAAAAAUAAGUUCUGAAAGGCAAACUUCUUUCCAGCACAAAGACUCAUUUUCCUCCUGGUUUAUGAAGCAGAGUCCUUCAAGGAAGCCAAAUAAAUAUGAAGAUUCAUUUGAGGAACUCUACUACAAAGUGCGUUCUGAAGAAUUCCAAAAACCUUUGACAUUGACAAGACCACUUUUAAACUUGCAGAACCUUGAAGAGAAAGGAACAUUAGUGAAGAGUAAUCUAAGUGAUUCUGGGAGGUCUGCUAAACAGUGUGAUAUAGAAUUCGACAGACUCUUUGAGAAACUGUGUGGGGAGUCUGUUCCAAAAUCUGGGCUUCAGGCAGCUUUAAAUUUCAAGAAAUAUGAAGAAAUGCAGAUACCUGAAACUGUAAAUGCGCUUGUUAAUUCUCCUGUCCGAGCUUAUCCUGCAAUUUCCAGAAUUAAAAGAUCAAAUUUUCUAAACUAUCUUCCUUGUUCACCAGUAAAGCGACUGAAACUAACACCAGAACAUAGUUUUUCUUCAAGGAAAUGUCAGGAUAUUUUCCACAGUGAAAAGGGUAAUCUUCAGACAGGCGGCAUGGAUUUCUUGAGCAAAUGCAACUGUAGCAACCCCAGCUCUUUUGCUGAUCACAACUGUCAUUGUCAGGGUUCUAGAUCUCAUGAUUCUUCAGAUGAAAGUUUUCUUGGUAUUCCUGGCACUUCCCUGAAAGAAUCUGGGACUGGAGGUGCACACUCUGGUUGGCCUUCGGCAAUGGAGAACUGCUGCUCUUUCAGAAAUGUGAGGAAGUGUCAACCAAGGGUGUACAGAAAACUAAGCUACAGUGAUGGAAAAGACCAAUCGUGA